CUCCAACUGUCACAACACAAUAUUCAACUCAACAACAACUCUCAACAUAACCUUAAAAGUUUCAAGUAGGCUAAUAAAUAAUCCAGUCUACCCUGAUUAGCUGCCCAACAUGGUACGAGUAAUCAACCAGCAAACUUUUGAUGAUGUUGUCAAAGAAAACAUGGAAGAAUUUGGAAUGUCUGUGGAGGAGGCAAUUGAAGAAGCAGUUCAACAGUUUGAAGCUCAGGGAGUCAAUUUAAGUGGCAUAAUCAAGACUGUGGAAAUGGCAGAAGGAAAGGAUCCAUUAAUCAUCUGUUUGAACCAGUUAAAGGAGGUGUUGAGGUUAAAGAGUGCCACUGCGGCAGGCUUGACUAACUUGUUGAUGCAGCUGCGGGAUGAUUGUGCCAAAGAUCUAGCUCGUCGUGUCCUGGCAGGCAAACAAGGGGCCUACCCGGUGUUGUUGGAUGCCUUAGACAAGUUCAGCAAUGAUACACCUACCAUGGUCCUCUGUCUGCAAGCCCUUACAAGCCUCAUGACAGGUUUCCCUGACUUGCUGGAUGACCGAGGAGCUAUGACCAUCAAGUCACUUCUCAACACCAAUCAGAGUUCUGAAGUUCUGCAGAAUACACUAAAGUGGAGUCGAACCUGUUGUGUCAACCAUGAAACCAACAGACAGAUGAUAGUUGACAAAGGCGUUAUUCCACCAGUAAAGGCAUUAGUGGAGAAGAAUGAUAAAAGUUUGAUACCGGACCUUUGCGGACUUGUGAGAGCAUUGACACUGGACGAUGACGUAAGAGCAGAAGUCUCCAAGGCUCAUUCUCACGCUAGUGCUCUGGCUAUUGAUCUUCUCUGUCCAUUCACAAACCUCCUGGCCCAACACAAAGAGGACAAGAAGCUGGUGUUGGAGUUGGUGAUGACCAUGAACUGCUUGGUCGUCCGCAACGAGUUCUGCGCGAAGGUCGAGGAAAACGGAGGGAUCCAGUUUGUCAUUGAUGUUUUAACUUGCUACUCACCUGACGAGAGGAUAGUUCGCAACACCCUGUUACUGCUAAAGGCUUUGUCUGGCAAUGACGACGUCAAACUCAAAGUAAUGCAGUCUGGAGCUCACGCCCUUGUUAUGUUGGCCCUACAUCAGCAUCAGAAAUCUGUGCCAGUUUGUUUAGCAGGACUUGGCUGUCUGUGUAUAUUAACUCUCCGCAGUCAAGACAACAGUAAGGUGUUUGUUGAGCAGGGAGCACCCGACGCUGUUAUCCAGAUAAUGAAAAUUCACCCGAAAGAGUUGAAAGUCCAGAGAAACUGCUGUUGGGCGAUUCGCAACAUUGUUGCUCGCAGCCCGGACCUGCGUAAGCCAUUCCUGAAGCUCGGCGCAGAGGAGCUUAUCAAUGCUGCGCGACGCCAACACAAGGAGCUCGACUACGACGCCAAGUCUGCUUUGCGCGACCUUGGCUGCAAAGUUGACUUCAACGAACAGUGGAAGGGAAAAGGCGUGCAGAUGAUCCGUUAGUCUAAAUUGUGCCAAACUGCUUAUCAUUUCAUCUAAUAAAUUGCUUCAAUCAUUUCACUCACGAUCAUAAUCUUUUUAAUAAUGCAACUAGGUGGAUUCUUUAGCUUUAACAUUCCUGUAUUUACAUUGAACAUAAAACGAUUAGGCCUAUUGACAAUUGUUUUGUUUAAUUAAUAUUAUUUAAACUAUAUUUACUAUUAAAUUGUUUUUAAUAAA